GGGCUGAGCAAGCACAACACUUCUGCAUCCUGUCGUGUCUUGUCGACUUCAACAUUCGCCAUAUCCUCUAUCUCAUCCUCAAUCUCGACUUCAUUUGGGCGCAAGGCUGCGAUUUAUUCUAGUGAGCAAGCUUCGGCUCACGGCCUUCUGUUUGCUGCCCCAAGCCCUGCCGCUAACGCCCCAGACGGCGCGCCACGCGAAAAGUCAUCUCCAUCAGGAGUCGCAUCUCGCAUCCUCCCCUCAGCAUUUCGACUUCACCUCCUCUGUACACACUCGUUUCAGCAUACUCUCGUUAUCUAGCCAUCAUUACGUCUUUCACCUAUUACGAUUGCGCAGACUUGCGCCCCGUAGCCACCCUAUCCAUUAAGCCUCGUCCUUGUCACCUCUCAGGCCGCUCGCUAGCCGCCCGUCAAUAGGCCCACAUACUCAACAUGAAGACACUCGCCUCUGUCCUAUACACUCUCGCCUUCAUCCCUCUUCUCGCGACAGUUACACAUGCACAAGAUGAUCUGCCAGACCUGAACACUGUGCCAAAUGCCACUGGACGCGCAGAGUCGACUGCCGCUCCGGAGUCAACGCAGCCGCCGUCCUCUUCAGCCGAGCCUACAUCGCAGCCUCCAUCUCCGGCAGACACGGGUGCUUUUCAUUUGACAGGUCUUCCUACGAUCGCUGGGGCACUGAACCCCACGGUAGGAGUUCCAUACACUGCUGAUGCACCGUACAUGCAAAAGUCCUCCUUGCCUGAAGGGACCGUUUUCAUUUGUGUCGGUGCUGCGCUUGGCUUCCUUGGUGCCUGUAUACUAGCAUGGCGUGGUGCAGUCGCUUGGUCUCUUCAUCGCUCGGCCAAACGUGCUGCUGCCGUGAACUAUCCGGGCGAGAAGAUCAAUCUGCGUGGACCAAGCGGUGGUGUUUAUUCCGGGGUUGCAGCCAGCUCGACUUUGACUCUCGAUAAGCCAAACGUGCUUGCCAAGAAACAUCUCAGUGCCGCGCCCUCAAACAUUUCCAAUGGCAAGCGAGCCACAUCGUCCCUCUUCUUCUCCCCAACUGCAGGUCCGGGCCAUCAAUCGCAGAAUCGCUCUUCCUCGUACCUUCCAGCAGGUUAUUACGCCCCAGGAAACUCUACCCCCACAGGGAGCUCUGCCAAUCUCGGUCAAGGUCCCAGUUCGCUAUCUCUUAAUCCUUCAGCUGCUGGUUAUAAUCGUGCUCGCAGCACUGGUCCGUCGCCACCGGGAUCUCCAGCACUUCCUAGUCGCGAUGGUUAUCCCCGUGCAGCUCGUGGCCGAGACUUCGAUAGCUUUUCCCGUAGCAGUGUGGUCAACACUGGUGAUCGCAGCCGCUCAGUGUACGCUGGACGCCCAAGCACCAGCAGCCUCAAUCUGUCGGUGGCUCCAGAGGGCCGAGCGCCGAGUGCAUACUUGGAAGAUCUGUUCGAAAAUCAUGGCAGCGGACCGCGCGAAAGACAUUAAACGAUUUUACUACGAGGUUACUAUGCUAGAGUUAGCGUAUCUUGUGAAUACUGGCGGACACAUGUCUCAAUUAAUGUAUCAUUGAGCAGAUUAGCCAGCAUGCACUCACAUCGAGCGCAACAUAUUUGGAUCAUCAACUGGCGUUAUAUGGCCGAUUUCAGGCUUGGUCCGGGCAGGAGAUUUCUUUGCGAUUUGUAUCGCAGUAGUGGGCACGACGCCCUUUUCAUGCUGUUGUAAUUCUAGUCUUGCAAUACUGCAUCGCCCGUCAACGCACUGGGGCAU